AUGUCUGACUGGGAGGAUGAUUACGACAAGCAUGGUGUUGCUCUCAAGAAAACGCCUUCCCCGAAAUCAGCAACAGCUCACUAUAAAUUACCUGAGAAUGUUGGUCAAAGAGGCGGAAACGUGUGUUUUGGUGGAAGACGAUCAUCCAGAGAGCCGAGGGGUGGCGGCAGCGGCGCGGAGUUCAGGAGUCACGGAGGUCCCAGAGAUGGGGGAGAUAAACCGAGUGAGAGCGAAAACUCCCACUCUUCUAAGGCUGUAGUUAUCACAGUGGAAAAUGCUUCAGUUGGAAGAGUUAUAGGUCGAGGGGGUGCCAAAAUCCGUGAACUUGAGGAGAGCAGUGGUGCAAGAAUCAAGAUAAACAAAGGGGAUUAUGAAGGAGAGGUGGUCAUCUUUGGAUCCUCCGCUGCACAACAAAAAGCCAAAGAGAUGAUUGAAGACCUGGUGGCUGGUGGUCAAGGACAGUAUGGUGAUCGGUCCAGAAGCAGAGCAGACCAAGGAGCAAGCAAAUCUUCUGUUUGGUCUAAUGCAGAGCUAGAGGCUUCAAAAGCUACUCCAGCCCGUCCAUCCAUCGACUGGAACGCCAUCCGGGAGAACAGAAAAAUGUAUGAAGAGCUCAAAUGGAAAGACCUUCCACCAAUAAAGAAGAACUUUUACAGUGAGGCAGCAAGUGUGUCCAUGCUUACACCUGAGGAAGUCGGUGCAUGGAGGAAGGAGAAUAACGAUAUCUUUGUGGAUGACUUGAAGGAGGGGGAAGAGAAACGGCCUAUUCCCAAUCCUUGCCGCACAUUUCUGGAGGCUUUUGAGAUGUAUCCAGAGAUCAUGGAUAAUAUUGAACGUGUUGGUUUUGUCAAACCAACCCCCAUUCAGUCUCAGGCCUGGCCGGUGUUAGUCAGUGGAGAGGACCUGAUAGCAAUCGCUCAGACAGGAACUGGGAAAACUCUGGCCUACCUGCUGCCAGGGUUCAUCCACAUGGAUGGACAGCCCAUACCCAGAGCUGAGCGGAAUGGUCCUGGCAUGUUGGUGCUGACCCCUACCAGAGAACUUGCCCUGCAGAUUGAAGAUGAGUGCAGCAAAUACCAGUACAAGGGAUACAAAAGCAUCUGUAUCUAUGGUGGAGGUGAUAGGAGAGGCCAGAUUAAUGUGGUGCAGAGUGGCGUGGACAUUGUGAUCGCUACACCAGGACGACUCAAUGAUUUACAGAUGAAUGAGCUCAUCAAUCUUCACUCCAUCACCUAUGUGGUGCUGGACGAGGCUGACCGUAUGCUUGAUAUGGGCUUUGAACCCCAGAUCCUGAAGAUUCUUUUGGACGUCCGUCCAGACCGACAAACUGUCAUGACCAGUGCCACCUGGCCCACAGGUGUAAGAAGAUUGGCCAAAUCUUACCUGAAGAAUCCUAUGAUGGUUUACGUAGGCACCCUGGACUUGGCUGCAGUUAACACAGUGCUGCAAACUCUAGUGGUUGUUCAAGAAGAGGAGAAAAAGUCAUAUCUGUUUGACUUCAUUAGAAACAUGCAGCCCCAGGAUAAAGUCCUCGUCUUUGUUGGCAAGAAGCUUAUGGCGGAUGACCUGUCCAGUGACCUGUGCCUACAAGGUAUUUCUGUGCAGUGUCUCCAUGGUGACCGUGAACAGUGCGCCCGUGAAGAAGCUCUCAAGGACUUUAAAGAAGGUCAAGUUCGGAUCUUGGUUGCCACAGACUUGGCAUCUCGGGGGCUGGAUGUUCAUGACAUAACGCAUGUCUUUAACUACGACUUCCCACGAAACAUAGAGGAGUACGUCCAUCGUGUGGGCCGCACAGGCCGGGCAGGACGGUCAGGUGCUGCGAUUACCUUGAUAACAAGAGAAAACUGGCGGAUGGCCCCAGAACUGAUUUCUAUCUUGGAACGAGCUGGACAAGAUGUCCCCGAGGAGUUGGUGCUCAUGGCAGAAAGAUAUGAGAAGCACAAGAGGGAGAGGGAGAUGUUUUAUCCGAGGGGGGGACAAGGAGGAGGACGAGGCGGAGGAGGGGGAUGGGGAAGGAGACAGGGUGGAGGGAGAGGCGGCAGAGACCGAAGCCAAAACUGGGGAUUCUAA